AUGUCGCAUGACUACUUGCUUGGUCAAUAUAGGGCCGGCGGUGGCCACCCCAGCGCCCAGCGCAAAGGCGUGCAGGAAAAGCUGGACGAGUCUCUCCUAGGCCACCUCUCCCAGCUAUUCAACAAGUAUGCCGGUCCAAAUAACAAAUGGACUGCAGAUCAGGUUAGCAUCUUCAUGCAGCAUGUGCAGGCCGAGGAUCCCAACGGCCCGGCGGGCUAUCUCGUCGACAAAGACGAGCUGGAUCUUUCCGAGCUGAUCAAGUACAUAACCUCGCCAUGCGGCAAUAUCCUCGAGAUGGCAGGGCCCCAGGAUCUGUCCUGGCCGCUGAGUAGCUACUUCAUCAGUUCGAGUCACAACACCUAUCUCACCGGGAACCAGCUCUCGAGUGACUCUAGCGCCGAGGCAUAUAAGGACGUCUUGCUACGGGGAUGUCGGUGCAUCGAGAUUGACGUCUGGGAUGGCCAGGAGCAGUACAGACCCGGCAUCCACACAGAUGAGGGCGAGAAACACGGCGUACCUGGCACUUGUUUAGAUGACCCUUCCGAGAAGAUCGGCCGAAGAGACCAAAUAAUUCUCAGAAUCGGCCGAUGGUGGAUGAACAAGGUUGAGCCGGUCGACCCUGAUGGCAGAACAGUAGACGAGAGACUCUCGGACAUUAUUCGGGCCGAGCCGCGAGUCCUUCACGGUUUCACACUCACCAAGGAGGUCUUGUUCCGCGACGUGUGCCAGGUUGUCAAGGACUACGCCUUCGCAGUGUCGGAUCUGCCACUCAUCGUCAGCCUGGAGGUGCACUGCUCCCAACUACAGCAGGUCGCCAUGGUUGACAUCAUGGAGGAGACAUGGGGUGAAUACCUCCUCCCGGCGUCCGAGACCGAACCCGCUUCCCUGCCGUCGCCCGAUCAGCUGCGUAAUAAGAUCCUCAUCAAGGUCAAGUACGUCCCAGACGACAAGAACGGCACCGAAAGCAGCGACCCUGGAGGCCCGGAAGAUGACGGCAGCGUUCUCGAAGUCGUCACGGAAAGAUGCGAGAAGAAGACGAAGAAGACGAAGAAGGUCAAGGCUCCCAAGAUUAUCUCCCGCCUCAGCCGUCUGGCGAUCCACACGCGCGGCAUCACAUUCAAGUCUUUCGAGCAGCCCGAAGCAUCGAUGCCAAAUCACGUUUUCUCGCUUUCGGAGAAGGCGGCGUUUGCCAUCCAGAGUAAGAUGCCAAAGGCCUUGUUUAAGCAUAACAGGGACUUUCUUAUGAGAACCUACCCGCACGGCAUGCGGUUGGAUUCGUCCAACUUUGAUCCUGUGCUCUGUUGGCGAGCGGGCGUGCAGAUUGUUGCGCUGAACUGGCAGUCCUGGGAUGUGGGUAUGAUCCUCAACGAGGGCAUGUUUGCGGGCUCAGAUGGGUACGUCCUCAAGCCAAAGGGCUAUCGCCGCGACAAAACUGAUAGGUUGGUACCUGGGAUCGAAGAGGAUGAGGAGCUUGGAUCGAAGAUCCAGAGUAAAAGACUGGAUAGGGUGGCUGUUACAGUGCUGUCAGCGCAGAACCUUCCGCUGCUGGAACCGGGUGAUGAACCGGCCAAGUUCGCCCCUUGGGUCAAGGUCGGGCUGCAUACAGAGCCGGAUGCGCUGGCAAUCAUGGUGGAUGAUGAUGCAGGGGGAGAGCAGGUCAAGCAGGUUGGUUACAGUGGCCAAACGGGUAAAAGCAGUAGCACCAGCCCGGACUUUUGUGGCGAGGUGAUUGAGUUCCUCAACAUUGAGGGCGUUGUUCCUGAAUUGGCAUUUCUGUCGUUCAUGAUCAUGAACGACGUCGUUAGUCAGAGUGGCAUGAGUGCGUGGGCAUGUGUGCGUCUGGACAGGUUAAGGCUUGGGUACCGAUUUGUCAGGUUGCUGAAUAGAGACGGUAUGCCGACCAGGGGCAUUCUUUUUAUUAAGACAGAAGUUACGGAAGCCGUGGUGGCGUAA